AUGGCCUCAGAUCCGCCCGAAGAGGCGCUGCACUUCCGGGGCAAGACGCUGACGCCCGAGAGCCCGCGGCCGCUGCAUAUCGCGGAACCGUCGAAUAUACCCCUCCUGCAGAACCAGAUGGACGCCUCCUACCAUGAUACCUCCGCCCUCGAGACCGUCCCGGAGGUCAAGGAGCACACUUUGAAUCCAGUGCUUGUUGAGCAGGGCCUCCAGCGGCCGGCGGUGGGCGACCAGAUGCAGAUGGUGGACCAGACAUACGCGAUGCUGCAGAGCGGGCUGGAGCAGAUGAACGCGAGUGCUGCUGGCAGUGUUUCUGGAAUAACAGGUAGUCUCCCUGGAUCUAAUGCAAAGACGGAGAGCAUGCUAUCAGAGAAUGAAUCGAUACUCGCUUCUACUACUCGAGACGAGGUUUUGACGAAUUCACUUUCAUCUUCAGUGCCUCAUACAAAUCCUACCGCUGAGCCAGACCUGCAGCACCAUCAAACCCACCCUGAUACCGCUGCCCAUACCCAUAUGGUGGGAACGGUAGAGAAUAAUAGCAUUACAACCGCCCAUCUAGCUCCUCCAUACCCAGCUACUCAGGGCGUUGCUCCUCUAUAUGGUGCUUACCAGCAACAGCAGCAACCUUCGCCAGUGCGGUCUACUCCUGCUACUGGUUACCCCUUCGCUUCGGCUCAGAACCCAGGUGAUGUGAACUCCGAUAUCUCUCAGUCUUCUCUUCUCAAUACGGCUGCUGCCUAUCAGAACAUGCUUGUUAGCAAUGUACCCUCGUCUGCAUCAUAUAUAACUACUGCUGUCACUACCGCUGCUGCUGCUGCUGCUACCACUACUACUAUGCCCACAUCUGCAGCCCAUGCUACAGAGCCCAUCAGCCAGCCAGAUCAUACCCUCAGUGACAUUGCCGUUUCCAACAUGCCCAUAUCUUAUGCAUCCACUUAUCCUUCUCGCCCACUUGCUACUGCCCAUGAAAGUGAGCCCAUACAAACAAGUCACCUUGACACAAGCCCUGACACCUCCCCAUCUAAAGAAACCCUUCAAAGUGAUAAACGUAAUAAUCUGCCCCAACGUUCAGCUGCCAUGGAUGCAUCUGCAAGCCUAUCUUCAUCCCUUUCUAGCCCUGAGGUACUGCAGCAAGUACCACCGAAGUCUCAUACAAGGAAAGUAUCCAAUACUUCACGGAAACGUGACAGUUAUGAUGAGAAUAUAGAGUCUACAAAGGGUGACCCACAAGAAGAUACCCCCUGGGGACCUGAUAUCCAGAAAAAGUAUGAUGACUUCCUCCGUGAUGAACGUAUAUAUGUUACCGAGGCGCAUUGGGAUAGGUUUCCUGCCGGCUCCCGUCUGUUUAUUGGCAACCUACCAACUGAACGAGUAACUAAGCGUGAUCUUUUUCAUAUAUUCCAUAUGCAUGGAAAGCUGGCUCAGAUAUCAAUCAAACAAGCCUAUGGCUUCAUUCAGUUCCUCGAACCUGACUCGUGCCGCAAAGCACUACAGGCUCAGCAAGGUUCUACAAUAAGAGGCCGAAAGAUCCGGAACCGCCACCUCGAGGUGGCCGUUCAGCUACGGACCGAUAUGAUAGGGGUCCCGGAAGACUGGCAAUCAGCGAUUUCAGAGAAAAGGACCCACACCGGUACCGUGAUAGAAGUUCACGAUCUCCUUCACCCAGAGGCCCACGCCGAGACUCGUAUCACUCCCGAGAACGCAGUUUUGAUAGAUAUGAUCCUCGAGAGAGGCGGCGGUCGAGGUCACGAUCACCUCGGCCUCGAAAUGCACGCUACCGCAGCCCUAGUCCAAGGGACAAAGGGUAUGACAGCGAAUCUGACCUGCCAAUUCCAAGGAGAGAUCCGCGUAACGUCCCGGAGGUCCAGGUUAUUGUUCUGGAAAAUGCAGACAAGUUGGUCUACCCCCUUUACUCAGGUCUUUACAUGCCAACGCGCUAACCGGUUUACCAGUGAGUUUGUGUAUCGAGUUGAGAACGCUUUCAGGGAUCGUGGCCUUAGAUGUGAUGUUUUAAUUCUAAGUCCUCGAAUUCGAUUGUCUGCUGUUGUUCGACGACAAGUAAUGGAGGGUGUUCUUGCCAUCGUUCGCAUCUCUCGAGCGAAUCAGUACUCGGGAAAGAUACCGUUGCAGAUAUUUGACCGAUCUGGUGGGAUGGACAACGUACGGUUUAAUGAAUACUCUGAACUUGAUCCCAGCCUCGCUGCUGAAGUCGUUGUUCAUGCACGUAAUUCCCAGAAACCAAAUCCGAUACAGCUGCAGCCGCCACUUCUACCUGCCGUAUUGCCUCCUCAGCCCAUACCGCAACCAGUACCAGCACAGUCGGAUCAAGCUGCAAUUGCCAACCUUCUAUCAAACCUCGACAGUUCCACCCUUCAUACGCUACUUAGUUCCCUGAACCAGCAGCAACAGUUGCAAGCACAGCAAGCACAACAGCAAAACCGCCAGUUCCACUCUCUGCCAGUACCUGUCACCGCACCACCGCUAAAUUCGACCAAUCUCGCGGCACUCUUGGGUAACUUGACACGUCCGGGCAAUGCCAACCCACCGUCCGUUCCAACCACAACUGCUCCAGGCACACAUUUUGUGCCUCCUCCUCCUAAUCCAAUCCCACAUCCCAACACAAACUUAGCUUCGCUUCUGCCAAAGGGCCCUAAUCCAGGACAGAACGGCCCACUCCCCCAACCACAAGCCAAUAUGCAAGUUCAGCAGAUCAUGGAGCAGCUAAUGAAAUGGAAACAAUAA